UCCUUUACAGACGCUGUUGUUGUUGGCAUGGUUACAUGAGCAAACGACUUCAGCAAAAGAUAUCGCGUUUAAGAGAAACUAGAUCCGUAUAUUGUUGGUUUCUCGGACCAUGUAUUAAAAAAAACAACCGAAGACAUUUUGUUUACAUUCAACUCGGGACAAUUAUGCGGUGAUCUGAGAGUGAACCUUAAAGCGCUGGGGGCUCCCCUGUGAUAGGAAUAGUUCAAUAUGGAGUUGGGAGAAAAGCUAAAGGAGCUUAACAUGUCGGUGGAUGAAAUUAAGAGACUGACAAAGGCUUUUAAAGAUGAGAAAUUCAGAGGAAUGCUGCGUGAUUACGCUGAAGAGAUAGCAGAUCCAGAGAAUAGGAGGAUUUAUGAAGAGGAGAUUGCUAUGCUGGAGCAGGAGAGGGGAAACAAUGUCGAGUUCGUCCACCCGCAGCCAUUCAGGGCCCUGAAGACCAGUCUGAACCGCAAGCAGAAGUGUUACAUCAACAUCUGUGGCAAUGACAAAGUUGGGAAGCCUGAAUGUAAGUGUGGGAUGUCUGAGGACGGUCGCCGAGGGCAAUGCUGGUCACUUCCUCACAAUCUGACCCCAGGGAGGCGAGACACGGAUCCAAAGGGAAACAAAAUCAUGAUCUAUGAUGUUAUUUUCCACCCUGACACCCUCCACAUAGCAAACAAAAACUCUAAAUUUAUGGAAAUGGUGAGCAGCACGGCCGUGAAGGGAAUCCAGGAUGCCUUCAAGGUGACUUUGGACGAAAACAACAUGAAGGAGUUGAACACAAAGUACAAAGGCAUGCCUCAUCCUUGUGUCAUUCGAAAACCCGUCCCUGGAUUCAAACCAAAGGAUCCUGCUCAAGAUCAGCCUCUUGCCUUCCCAUAUCCAGAUGAAAAACCACAAACACUCAGCCCUGAUCCCAAACCUAGGAGUUUUGAAAUCCAACGUGAGAAAAACAAAGAGCCCACAGAGCCAAGCUAUUCUGUGAAAUACAGAUCCUUCAUUGACCUGCAGGACUUCAGGUGCUCCAGAGACUCGGCAAAGAGCCCCAGGCCCAAAGAGAUCAUCAUCACUAUAGAUGUUCCGCUCAUGAAGUCAGUAGCACAUGCUAACCUGGAAGUGAAAGAGAAAACCCUGCUUCUGGAGUCUAAGACGCCUGCCUACAAACUGGAGCUACCUUUGUCCUACCCUGUGGACGAGGAGAGAGCAGUGGCCAAGUUCAUCAAGCAGAAAGGACAGCUGACUGUGACCCUGCCUGUCCUUCCUUCCAAAGAGGCCUCAGAGUUCUUUGCUCAGUGUGCUGGUAAUAGCAAAGGGACAGAAGGAGACGUGGAGGUGGGGGACAAACAGACGGAAGGCAGGGAAAGUCAAGUUCAUGACGAGGAGAUGAAGAACAAGGAUGAGGAAUCUGUGAAAGAUGUCAUUGGUGAGGAGGAGCAGUUGCCAGAGAAACUAACGGGUCAGGAACCUGUGGUAGAGCAGCAGGAAGUUGAAGAAAAGCUGUAUGAGAAAGAAAGACGGGAGGAAGCGGAGGAGAAUGUGCAGGAACCUGGAGAACAACAAGAAAUGAGCAGACAAAGUGAAGUCAAUGAAGACAGAAGCAAAGAUUCAGUCAGGAACGAGGAUGCUCCAGCAAGCGCCGAUCCGCUGCAGACUUCACCUGACGAGCAAGGCCCUGUAGUCCCCUCUGAACCACCUCGUGAUGGAGAAGAUGUACAAGUAGACUCCUGUUUAGAGUCACAAGUGACGGACCUGUUCAUGCAAGAAACCGCAAAGGAGGAGGUGAGAGAUGUUAAGAUGGAAAGAGACACAUUUCAGGUAGCCCAGACAGAAAAAAGCAUUGAAGAGGGUAACAAGACGCCAGCACCAGAGGAAGCAACUUCUAUGGAAAGUUCAGCAAGUCACCCUUCAAAGAGCACCCUUCUCUCAGCGAAGGAUGAGGAGAAGCCAGAGCCUGACAAGAGGCAGCCGCCUGUGUUGUUGAGGGAAAUCGACAAAGAUGGCAACGUGACCGUCGUCAGCGAUCACUCUACGUCAGCUGGAUUCCUCUUCCAGAACUCCCUGAUGUAUGAACUCGACUAAGAGUCAUCAGUGCCUUCUAAUAAUAUCAAUAUCAGAACUGUAUCCCCCCCCCCCCAAAAAUCUAAAAUAAUGCUCAGUUUUGAUUAAAAUUCUUUAACUGCCUGCUGGUAAUUGUUGAGCAAAACAUUCAUUAUUGUGCUUUUAGUUUGCAGCGCUUGUAAUGUUUUACAGUACUAUUAGAAGCACAUUUUAGUACGAUACUGCGCAAUUCUACAUUACACGUUACAUUACAAAAUAUAUUAUCCUGUUCAGUUAAUAGCUAACAUUUUUUGUGCAAGUGUGCCUAAUAUUGUGGCCAAAUUGUUAAUGUUUUUAAAAAGUCCUGCA